AUGGUCGGAAUCCCAGGAAGAAGCAAAGGUUGCAAAACCUGUCGGAAACGACGCGUCAAAUGCGAUGAGGCCAAGCCGCUCUGCGAUCGGUGCACCAAAGGAGGCUACCGAUGCGAUGGCUACGUCGCGUUUGCUGAAUUUCACGACGAGACCAAGCGAUUCCCCCAGAAUUGGCCCAAGGCUGAGGCCUCCCUGGCCCGGUCGAGAUUGAUCCAUGAAGAGAAGAGCAGAUCCCCAUGGAUCAUUACCCCGACCAGGGACGAAGACAAUAUCUUCACCACACAUCUCGUGCACAAGAUAUUCAACCAACAUGACGCCGAAGCAAUUCACCUGGCGUCCACCAUCUCGUUCCACCUGAGCCAACCAGACGUAAACACGGCGAGCGACAAAGCUCUAGUCCUAUCCAAAACAUCGCUCCGCGCGCUCUCCACAGCGUAUUUUGGCCAAGUGCACAACCACCCUGAUCUCCUCCACAGGGGAUCAAGAUGGUAUUCCGACGCGUUGAAAGAGUUGCAACUGCAACUCUACCAUCCGGAACAUGCUCUCCGCGAAGACUUGCUCGUGGUGAUUAUCUAUCUCGCCAUGUAUGAGUCCAUUGCGUUUACCGUCCCCAAUGCCUGGAUGCAGCAUUACAAGGGCCUGGCGCGAUUGACUGCCUUCCGCGGGCCCGGGAGGCAUACGCAUGGGGUGGGGUUUGCGUUGUACCCAACGCUGAGGCAGAAUAUUGCGAUAGGGCAUAUUGCGAGUCGCAAACGAUGUUUUCUGGAAGAGCCACAAUGGAAGACCAUUCCGUGGGCUGAGAAGCCAGAGUCCAAGACAUUGAUAGAUUGUCUCCAUGAUAUCAUGUGCGAUGCGCCCGGCCUGCUGGAGGCUGUCGAUGCGUUCCUGGUGGGAGGGGAUGAGACGGCAAGAAUCGGACUGUGUCGGAAAGCUCUGUCCAUGCUGGAGGAGUUGUACGUCUGGCGAUGGAAAUGGGAGGAGACAUUUCCUGGCGCAUCUUAUCUUGUUUCUGCGGAUCGGAACGUGCAAGGAUCUCCGCUGCCAUCGACAUCUGCGCCUCGCCCAUUCGAAACAGUCCUCUGGUUUCAUGAUUUCUCCCGCGCACAAGAGCUGUGUAUGUAUGACUCCACGCUGCUCUUGGUGCUGAAGAUGUACCAGUUUCUGGCUUGCCAUCCAGAGCCGACUGGGAAAGAAAGUACCAGUGAUCCUCUACUUCCAGCCCAAGGGACGCGACGGGAUAUUGCGAUUGAGAUCCUCCGGAUGGUCGAUUAUCAUCUCGACUGUCUCCAGGGCAGUGUGGGGGCAUUGAUGCUCAUUUUCCCAUUGAACGUGGCACGACGGAAUUUAGAGUCGGAUUUUGAGAUUGCUUGGUUAGAUCAAGCCAUGGCACACAUUGCGGACACACAUGGGUUUGAGAUGGGUCGGGCUCAUAAUGUACAGUAUAAAACUGAAUGA